UAAUAGUAAAUAACACGAAUUUAGCAUUUUUGUUUAUAAAUAAAUCUGUCCUGUAUUUCAGUUCGGUUACCGCGGUUUAGUUUGAUUUGUAAGGUUAUGUUUAUAACGGUUGUCAUUCAGCGAUUCCUUGUUAAAGCUUGGUGCUCAGUUCCCUGUAAAAAAUUAAUAUAAAAACUCGUGUAAUAAAAUUUAAUAAAUCGUUUAUUAUUCCACCGACCUAUUUGGAAUUAGUUGCUAGUGUGUAAAAUAGUUUCAUCUGAAUGGAUCGAAAGUCGAGAGACGAAUUGAAAAAAGAAGCCGAAUUGGUGAGAAACAGACGUUUAGACAAUGUUAGGGAAAUUAACGAGUUGAAAGCAUCAUUACAAAGUUUGAUUACUCAAGGUUUAAAACAGUCGGAAAACAUUAAUGCGCUACAUGGAAAAGAAAACAUUAAUAAUUUACAAAUUCAAGAGAACACAAAAAAUAGGACAGAACUAGGAGAAACAAAAGUACAAAGAUCAAAAUCAUCGAAUAGAACUGUCACUGUUAUUAAUAAAAAGGAAUCUCCAAAAAAGUCAAAAAGUUACAAUGUUGAAGAAGCUAGAGAAUACAUAAAAAAACAAAAUGAGAAACGUUCAGAACAAUUGAAAAAUAAUGUGAAGAAUACUGCAACUCAAAAUGAGAUUAAGAAACAAAGACUUUUGGAACUUCAAAAGAAAAGUCAAGAGAUUGUGGCAAGAAACUUAGAGUUGAAAAGAGAAAGAAGCAGAUCAAAGGGUCCUAAGUCUGCCGAACAAUUAAGACCUGAUUAUGCAGGACCACCCUCAAAUAUUAGAUCAAAUUCAAAAGAAAAGGCCCUACAGAAAGAAGAAGAUCUAACUCAUGUAAGCAGAAGCAGCAGGUCAAGAUCCAGAGAACUGGAGAAAAAAGAAGUAAAGAUUCCACAAAAUAAAGUUGUAUCAAAAAAUGUUCCACAAAUUACAACCAGACCAGGGAGACCCAGAACAAGACAACAAAACAUUUCUACUUGCAGAUCAAAAAAUGAGGAUUUAAAUUUACAACAACAGGAAACACAAAAAGCUAACACUGAUGUAAAAAAUGCCAAAAGUCUGCUACAUCCUAAUUCUGCGUAUGAAAUAUUUCAACAUAUCAAAUCCAAAGAAGUGACAAAGAAAUUAACAGAAACAAAAACUCCAAGUGUUAGUGAUGAAAAGAUUACUUCAGAAUCUGAACAGACCCAAAGAAAAAAUGUUUUCUCACCAAGUAAGCCACCAGACAAUCAAAAUCAAGCCAUAAAUAUUUUUAACAAUAUAACAGUAAGAUCAGAAUUAAAUCAGAACAGAGAAAAUUCAUGUAGAGUAGAUUUAAAAAAGGAUGAUAGUGAUAAUAAAAAACAAUCUGAUAAAGCAGUAAUUGAAAAAUUAAAGUUAAAUAGCAGCAAAGAAACCCAAACUUUUGAUCCACCGCAUUGGCUGUGUCAAAACACUAGUAAAAAUGAAAAUCCUUAUAAUUUUAUAAACACAGUGAGGAGGAGAUUAGAGUCAGCAAUAAUGCAACCCUCAACAAAAACACAUAAUGACAAAGGUGUUCAAAGUUCCCUUCGAGUAUGUGAUCAUGUGUUAAGUGAUAGAGGUGAUAUUGUAUUUCCCCAGUCUAACUUUCCAGGUCAACAGAUAUCAAAAAAUGUUGAAAAUUCAAAUUUAAAGUCGUUUAUUUCUCACAAAUGUUUAAAUUUGGAUCCAAAGCCUGUUGAACACUUAGGUUUACAAAUUGGAAGUAAGAAGAGUGAAAAAAGUAACAAAAGUAUUUUGUUGAUCAGUAAUGAAAGCGAAUCGGAAGAUACCUCGAAAAAUAUUCCAGAAAUUUCCAGUGAAAGUAUCACCACAGGAAGAAACGUUUAUGCAGCUGCAAAGAAGGAUGGUGGUGGAGAUGAUGAUUUCAAUCUCAAAAUAAAUACGAGUAAUUUAAACAAAAUGAAAUUAAAGUCCAAGAGUAACAUACAAGAAUCCAGUUUAGACCAAGUACCACCGGAAGUAAUAGAUAACAUUUCGUCAAUCCGGGUGCCCAGUCGCAGACACAAUAGUAGGUCUGCAAAGUCCAGUAAAAAUUUAUUCCCAAGCAAAACAUCAUACACAUCAGAUUACAAUUCUGAAAGUGAUUUGGACAACAGUUUCCUUACAGGUUCUCACAAAUCCGCUGAGUAUUCCAUUUUGGCCGGUAACAUUAGCAGUUACAGCAAUUUGGUUAAUAAAAAUUUCAGACCUCAUUCAUCAAACAGUAAACAUUCCACUGAGCAACAAAGCAUUCCAGAAGAAAUACAACAUUCCAAAGAAGGAAGGGUGAUAACAGAGAGUGGAGGAGACGGUUCCGGAAGUCUUCCGACGUUGGCUCCGCAAGAGUACAAAUCUUUGCCAACAUGUUCGUCAUCAAUACGACAUUCGAACAUGAAUUCAGACGUUCCAACAGAUAUUUCAACGUUGCCUCCACAAAUUUAUAAUGAUAUUCCAACAACGCAUUCUUCCAUAAGUAAAUUGGAAGAAGAGAAAGUCGAGAAUGAUGAUGGGAGGAAAAAAUUAAAUUCAUUUAAGAACAACAAUACUGAUCUGGUUGUGCUUCAAGAACCUCAGAUUUCAUUGAAGAUUAAAAAUUUGGAUGGGAAAAAUAAAGUGGUGGUUCAAAGCCAAGAAGGAGGUGAACAAGAAAAAACUAAUCAAAUUCAUUUGAAAUUUGAAACUGAAAUACAUCUCUUAAACGACUUCAACAAGUCAUUCAGUCAGCUGAAUGCUCUAGAAAAAGCGUUAGAAUCUUUAAAAACAACCAAUACAAUCCAACAAGUAGAGAGAACAAUGAACGAAUCAGCCACUAUUACCGAACAAAAAAAUCCUGAUCAUUCCUCAAAGCAAAACAUUUUGUCGCAAAUCAAUUUUUCGAGAGGUUCGGAAGUAUCCACUGUUUCUAGACACAGUUGUUUAGACACAACAUCCCUGUCAAAUAGAAGUGCAAUUUCUACACGGAUAGAUUUACUAAAUAAUACGAGCCGUCACGACGACGAUACGACCGUUACAGACUCCAUGCUGCUAGUGUCCGUAAAUGAAAAUUACGAUCCCACCAAUCCAGUUGGAAUGUCUCUCAAAUUGUUAGAGCAAUUAAUCAAAGAUGAAGAUUCCAGAUUAAAGAAUUUGAAAACGAUGUUAAAAAUUCGUGAAAAAUCUCUGCAGGACAGAGUGUUGACCGAAUUGCAGGCGUUAGAAGUUCAAAAAAGGAAUUUGCGACUGACUGGCAAACUUCAAGAAGCGUCGUUGGUGAAGAAAAAACAACGUGGCAUUUUAUUGAAACAUUCAGAGGAAAAACAUGAAAUGCAAAGAUUGAAACAAUUACACAAAGCAAAGUCGAAGGAGCGCAUUUCAGAGUUGCAACAAGAAAGAAAAUUAAUUAAAACGCAACUUUGCACCGACAAAAUGUUGACCAACAUCAAAGUAAACACACCAAGAGUGAAAAGAAGUAACAAUUCUGGACCACUUAGAGUUGUGACUAACCACCACACAGAAUCCGUGAUAUCGGAAAGAUCAAUUUCGAGGAGAAGUUCCGUAGUCGACGAAGUAGUUAACGUCUCUACAACAAAGUCUGUAACAAGUGUCGUUUCCGAAAUCGAAUCGCACAGCGAUGGUCCGGACGAUAGAAUUCACAAAAGGAACGACGAUUUCCAUGUCACUCACAUUAAAAAGGCCCUGUUGAUGCGUGAGGCGGCGCUGGAUAAGAGACGAAGAGAGGCCGAAAAUUUGCUCAAGUGGCACCAGAAGUUACUCGACGAUGAGAGGCGCAUCGUGCAACUGGAGCAGUCGGCCAGCACUGUUGUUUCGCAGCAGCCAACACUGCCAACCGGAAAAUUGAAGGAAACACCCUUGGCCGAGGAUCGAUGCGAACUGUCGGGAACACUUCUUAAUCAAUUGUGGUCCGACAUAAGUGAUUGCACCAAGAAGAGAUUUGCUGACGAAAAAACGUAUCGGAUGUCGAAGGCAGCAUUCAGCAGGAUCUGUAAGAAUGCGAGCGAAUACAAACAAAGAAACCUGCAGAAGAUGUCGUCUGCGACGCGACAGAAUAAUGUGGUGGAACUGAGUGUCAGUGAUUUAUCCAAACUUAUAAUAUCACCAGAACAAUCCGACAGUGACAAAGAACAACAACGGCAACAACAGCAACAACAGCAAUCAAAAUCCAGUAGUAGUAUCAGUAUUAACGAUGCGAUUAGCGCUUACAAAUCAGAUUUCGAAAUAGAUUCGAACUCUGUCAGAGAAAAUACUAAUUCAGUUUCGGAGCAUCAACCCAAUAAUUCGAUUGCAGAUCAGCAAACAAUUUCAUCGAUUUCAGAUCUCAUCGAGAACUUUAAUAAAAUCGAAGAGGAAAUGAGCAAACGUUCUGAAAAAUUGGUAAACGAAUCGAAUCAAAUGUUAACGGAACUCGACGAAUUUGAAGUUGGAGCAGUUGAGAAUGAUGAAACUACAUCUGUAAAAACGGCGACGCAAAUAUCUUUACUUAACUCACUUAAUUCAAUAAAACCACUCUCAAAUUGCGAAAACGAUGUAAUUGCAGAAAAAAACUCACAUAAAACCUUAUCAAAUGAUUCAAAAAUUACCAUUCAUUCACAAUCUGAAAAAAUUUCUGAUAUUUCAAAUAUUUCUGAAAAAUUUUUUAUUGAUAAAAACGGUGGGGAAGGACAACUUCCUGAAAAACAGACGUCCUCACUCUCAUCUCGAGAACCAAAUACACCGACGAAUGAAAUUAAUGCAUUAGAAAAUUCCAUUUUGGAAAAAUCAAACGUCCAAAUUUCCGAAUUGAUUACCGAUAAAAUUUCUUCUGAAAUUAUAUCUCAAGAAUCCACCGACACAAAUUCUCAUUCAAAACAAAUCGAAUCUUCGGAUAAAAUAACUCCCCACCAGUCAAAUUCCACAAUUUCCGAAAUUAAUCAUAUCGAAUCGGCUGAUCCAUCUGAAAUUAUUAAUACACCAAAUAAAGAUUUUUUCGAAACAAGCCACGUUGAAAAAUCAGAUACAAUCAAUUCUGAAUUAAAUCACAGUAUUGUACCGACGUCGGAUAAAGGUGUACCUUCGGAUGUAAGAUCACAAAAGUCACAGGUUACGAUUUUCGAAUUAAGUAAUGUUGAUGAACCUUCUGAGAAAGUUUCUUCAGAUUUGACUUCGCCUGAAAUUAGUAGCAAUUCGGAGGUUUUGAAGAAAACAUCAUCGGAUAUUCCAGAUGGUGAUUGUGGAGUCUCAGUAAAAUCUGUAGAAACUGAGGAGCAUCACGACGACGAAUUACCCAAAUCGUUAAGAAUAGUAUCUGCAAAAUCAGAUUCAACUGACGAUAAUUCAAAGUCAGUAAAAUCCGUUAGACCGAAAAUUUCUACUGACAUAUCCGAAGAAAAAAUAUCGGAACGGCAUCCAUACGUCUCUGAGCAAGAAGAAGAAAUUAAUGAAGUAACAAAUUCUUUACCAAUAUCAGAUUUAAGUUAUGGAGUUUUAGAAAAAGGAGUGGAUUUAAAAAGUGAUAAAUUUGAGACUGAUGUUGAUGAAGUGGAAUCGUGUGCGGAAGGCACCACGUCUAACAUUAAAAGUAGCUUGAACGAAUUAAACGAAUUAAAUAUAGAUAAGACUGAAUACGAUGAUGCGAUACCAAAGGAAAUUGAGUUCGUUGAAGAAAAAGAACACGAUUCCCUAUCCGAGAUCUCCAACAAUCUGGCAAGCGAAAUCGAAGAAAAAUCACAAAGCGAUCAAGUGUCCGAGAUAAUCGAAGAAAAAGAAAUAUCUUAUUCGUCAUGUACGCCCUCCUCAGAAUGUGGCAGUGAUAAGAGGCAGUCUUCGUCCACGGCGAAAAGCAUAGAUGUGAAGAAACGAGUGUCAGAAAUAAUGGCAGAAGCGGGACCAUUAAAUCUGGGUGAUAAAAGUACAAGGAUGCAGGAUCUUUAUGUGACCACUUAUGAUGUCAAUUCACCACCUCAGUCUCCCGAACCAGUAAACGGCGAAAAAAUAAAAAGUCCAAAGAAUUUAGAUACCGAGGCGGAGGAACUUUUACGAAAACAGUUGGCCAUAGAACAAGAGAUAAAGGAGUUGGAGCAGCAGCAAAAAGAAUUGCCGUACGUGUUCGUCCGCGAGAUCCCCAAUAAACCACCUCCUCCGUACACGCCUCCCGCCAACAUACGAAUAACCGCUGCCCCUAUAAAAACGAUACUGCCCGCCGGUCCUGAUCAAAUCGACGAAAUCACUCGAUAUUCGGCGAAAAUCAUUCACAAGGCAUAUUUGAACAACAACCUUGAAAACAUUAACAUUUCCGAAAAUACUCUCAACCUGAUUACGAAGAAUAACAUCAGUAAAGAGUGCUACAGGUUCGUCUUUGAUAUUUGCAAGGAGAUUGCAGUUAAUCACUACAAGCAAUUCAAAAAGGAACCGUCGUGUCCAUCGUGGAUGAAGGUGGCGACAAAGUGUUCCAUAGCGCCGGUGCGACCGUUCGACUUGGUCGGUUUGGAACGGCACAUGUCGGAGAAACUAAAAGAAAUGUUUAAGUUUCAAAAGAGGAGGGACAACCUUAGAGAAAAAUCUGUAAUGAAAUGGAGCAGGAAGAAAAAGGAUCACGUGGACGAAAUUUUAAUACUGGAAUCUCAAUUGGAGGAAGCAGAAUGGACAUAUUAUGAUAAAGAUGAAAGAAUUGUCAUGGACAAUCUUACUAAUGAAAUCAUGAACAUGUUGUUGCAGGACACUGCUAAAGUUAUGCAAGAAAUUUUUCGUAUAAAGAAUUGUUACUAAAUUGAACUGUUUAUUUUGUGUAUAAUUUUUUGUAUAUUUUUAAGAAAAUAAUUUUUAUAAUUAUUUUAA